GUACCUAAUACACUUUUAUUGUCAGUCUCUAGAGAGAGUUCAAAAAGUAGUGUCGUGUUGUUUUUCUUGAAUCGUACGACAUGUUGAUAACCUUUGGUACCGUUUUGGCAAUUUUUAUAAUCGGAGUGUUGUUAAUAAAGCAAAGUGAAAAAGAAAAACAGAAAAAAAUUAUGAAUGUAUAUUCGCAAAAAGGACGAUGGUACCGGUUGAAAUUUUGCUUCAUCGCGUUAAUACUGUUUUUGAGAAGAAUUAAAUACUACUUUUUGGGGAAAAGUCAUGUCCAUAAAGAGGAAGAAUUGGAAAAAUUACUGGAAUUGUCGAAUCAUCCAGAAGCUUUCGACGCCGUUUUCUUCCAAGCCGUCUCGCAAAACGGAGUCUACAUCUGCACUGGAACUGAGAGAAGGCAUAAUGCAAAAUUGGCCGCUGUCGUUUACGUAAUACAUCCAGAUUACGGUGUUUUGGAAAGCGAAUCCUUACCAAAAACGGCUAUUGAUGCAGACGUAUCUUCGCUUUACAAGAAAGACAGCUAUUCUGGAGGCGGUAUUUGCUUUGUACCAGUGGUACCGAUGAAGAAGUGGAAAGUGUCUUUUAACGGGUUAAUGAAGUUUCAAAAUGACCCGAAGAAAUUCAUUAAAGUCAAAUUUGAAUGUGAUUGGACCAGUAACCACGACUGGUUCUUUUUCGAAGUUGACGUACCAAUUAGAACGAUUGCUAGAGCUUUUGCAAGAGAACCAUGGUCAAAGCGGUUUUUCAAAAAUGUAAAAGACGCACAUCAAAGCCAUUACGAGCAGAUGGGAGUUAUGAAUGGGACGUUGCAAAUUGAUGGGAAAACGACGUCUCUGGUUGACGUUGAUUCAUUCAGGGACCACAGUUUUGGUUUUAAACGGGACUGGUCUCUGAUGCACAGGUACAUCUACUGUAUGCUGUAUCUAUCCGAUCAUACCGUAAUUUCCAUGGGAGUAGUCAGUCAUCCCAGCAUUACUACUCAUUUAGAGAUGGGUUUCGUCAACCACCCAGAUAGGCCGUUCGAUGCAAUCGAAAGUAUCGAUCUCCGUCUAUACGAACACGCCGAAAAUGGAAAAAUGCCUAAAGAGCUGAAUUAUACUUUCAAAGCAGGGGGAAAAUUGUACGAUGUGAAAUUGAAGUUUAUACAUGAUGCUAAGCAUUACAAAGGUAGCAACGAAGAAGCCAUAAUGAACGAAAGAUUCCUGGAAUGCGAAGUGAACGGAAUUCCAGGAAGGGGUAUUUCGGAAUGGCAUUAUAACAAGAAUAUGUUUGAAUAAGAAAUGUAUAUACUAUAUGUUUUAAAUUUCUUAAUUAAAAUAAUAUAAAUACUGAUACGCU